AUGCCAUCGGUGGCCCUUUUAUUCUCCUUCGCACCUUCACGGUCGUAUCAAGAAAGCGUUGACCGGCCCUACGAAGAACCCAGGCUGACCGACACAGUUAAUAGGAAAAGGGCCCACGAAGACACCAGCAACGAAGAUCGGACAGCCCCCGUGACUCCCGCGGCAAACAAGCGCCGGAAUUUGGGGCCGCCAGGGAGUACCCCCUUUGCCAACCGGCGUACCCCCCUUUCGCGCCGGAUUCAGACCAGGGCGGCCCCCUUCUCCGCAAGGCUUGCUCGUCGAGAAGCCGAAAAACACGGCCGGAUUGAAUCGACACUUUUCCGCCUUCCCGACUAUCUCCGUCAGCUAGAGGCCGACCGCCAGAAGGCAGACAGAGCCCCUUCAAGUCCCGGCCCACAGCUUCCACAAACAACAUUUGACUUUACGAUGGAACCGAACUUACCUACUAAUCAAAACCCAGCAGAGGAAUCUUCUGCACCUCAAGAACCAUCGACACCAGGGAGAAGCACACCAGAAACUCCUCAGCGUGGAUGGAAUCUACGUGGACUGCUCAGCUCUGUACCUCGUUCCUUCUCCCGGUUAUUACCAUUUGGCCGGCCUUCUGAAAGCUCGGAAGAUCAAUCGACAAUCGAACCAUCGUCAGAACGUAUCACUCGCACAAGGUCUCUUGACCCUGAAUCAGCUGGUCCCCAGACUGAAGGACGAUCUCGUUGGCGUUUAAGUGAGGGGCCUUCGCAACCUCCGAAGAAACGUGCCCGUAACUUAUCUUACUCGCUUUUCCCGGCUCCUAUCGACAGAUCUCUUUACCUUGGUGACAUUCCUAAGCCUUCUACAGCGCCUACAGAGGCGGCUGCCCCGGAUUCGCAUCGCACUGAACAGGUGCAGGCGCAGAAGCCUGGGCCUGUAGCAUCAGAUGACCAAGCUGAACGACGCCAGACGUCUCAAGCGAUUAGUGAUGCGGAACAAAGGAAGCGCAAGCGGUCUCCAUCGCCCGAUGUGAUUCCCAACCCAGCCGGAUCUAGCUAUGGAUUGGACCUGGAUUAUUUCUGUUAUAGCUCUGAAAGUGAAGAUGAGGCGGCAGAAACUCCAUCUAAGCAGAGCGAACGCAAGAAAGCCGAUAGUCUAGCAAAGUCUGUGGCCCGCAGUGCCCUCCGUACGGAGAGACAGUCAUCCAAAAAGGUGCGCUUUGAUGCAAGCCCAGAGGACACACCUUCUAAGCUUCGCUCGCGUGCUCGCUCGACUGAUCCCUAUCGCGGAACACACUUCGUCGGGAUGGGUAGUGAUUCACCAACACCACCUGCUCGCACUGAGCAGCCUUCUCAGCGACAUGCGGGAUUCGUCCCCAAUACACAGGGUACUUUCCAGCUAGACUAUGACGCAGUCUCAGAUGAAUUCGAGACUAGUAGCCUGUCCUCGUCAACAGAUGUUACCGCCCCUAGCCCCUCCCAAGCCGCACGGGAAGAAGAUGGGCGUGCUUCUACACAACCCGAAGGCCAUGAUGCUCAAUCUCCUGCAUCUCGCCAUACCUCUCGGGCUCAGCCAUCAACACCAGGUAAGGUAGACGAGGAAGCCCUUGCAAGAGUGCGGUCCCAAGCGGAGAAAUACAAGCCGAAGACUCCUAGUGGUCUGCGUACUACAAGCCGAUACGCUAGUCCAUUGACUGCCACGCCCGAUAUCGUCGCCUCCAAGCAAACAACUAAGAAAUCCGACUUAAAUCCGCAGCCUGGUAAGGCUGACGAACCCGGAAACUUCGGUGAUGAUGAAUUCGCCCGUGAUGCGGAAUGGCUUUAUCAGAAUUGUCCUUCCGGAGACCUCAGCCAACUUAAGUGGCCGGCUCGUCAAAGCUAUGAAGAGAGCCUUGGUGUCAGCUCUACCUCUAUGAAACUCCUUGCUACGAUUUGGGACGACUCCGAGAUUGAACCAGCGUACCUUGCUUUUCGCCAGAGUUUUGAGGAAUUCAAAAAGACAUUGAAAUAA